AUGCCCAAGAGAACAACCCUUACUGAAGAACAAAAAAGUGAACUUUGUGCCUUCGCUCGUAUUAAUAAAAAAAAUCAAUCACAAUAUGUUGAUUGGAUUGAAAACAAGUGGGGUCUUAGAGUCGAUGAAAGUACAAUUUCACAUAUCUUGAAGACAUCUGAGGAACGACUUGACAAUGGAAUCAGUAAUUCUAAAACAAAGCGUCACAGAGCUGUUACCUAUCCAGAACUUGAUCUCGCCCUUAAAGAGUUCGUGCUGAUUUAUCAGCAUCGAACAGUUUUUACUCGUCGAAAAAGCGAAGGGACACUAAAUUUUUCUCCUGGCUGGCUUUAUAAAUUCAAGAAUCGAAAUGGUAUUCGUCUACGACAGCUUCAAGGAAAAGCCGCAUCCGCUAACAUAGUGGCAAUUAACAACAUCAUGCCGUCAAUAAAAAAUAAAUGCGCAAGUUAUCCUCCUGAAAGGAUCUACAAUAUGGACGAGACCGGGCUUUUCUAUCGGUAUAAGUCUCUUAUUAAUGCCAACUCUGAUUUACGAAGUUCUUUAGAGGAUUUUUGCCAAACCACUAACCCUGUUCUCAAUGAUAUUGCCGAUGCACUUAAUGCUCUUGACCUUCUUGAUCCUAUACAAGUUGAAGAGUAUUUGGCAAUCCCUGAAGAAAAUAUCGUUUAUGAAGUUCCCUCCAAUGAUCAAGUUAUUACAGAGCUUGUUGAAACAUUCAGAACAAACGAACCAACAAAUAUUGAUUUGGAAGAUGAAGACGAUAGCUUUGAAGCCCCCAUUGUUAGUGCCAACAUGGCAAUUGCAAGUUUGGAAACCAUGCGUACGUUUUUGCUUCAGCAGGAUUGUAUAGAAGGAUAUGUUAAUCUUGUAAGAAGGAUUGAAAAAUUUAUCAAAAAGACAAAGGUUGGCCAAAUACAACAAAGCAGGAUUGAUCAAUUUUUUGUGGAAGACAAUUAA